AUGCAACCUCGACGUGUUGCACGUGCAGUGAUGAGAAAUAUGCAAAGAAAUAAUAUGCCACGUUUCUUAAUGGGUGGUAUCAACGUAAAACAAAGUGAAGCACCAUUUUCGGUUCAUUUACAAUAUUCAAAAAAUGAAAUUUUCUUUGAAAAUAUUGCGAAAUUUCCGGCACCACUUGAUGUUGUUGCAUGCGUUGCACAACCAUAUGACACUAUACCGGACAAUUUCACUAUGUACUCUCGAGGUUCUGAUCCAACCACAAUGAGAAAAACAACAGCACUGGCAACAAUAAAUGUUACACGCAUCGAUUGUAUUCUGGAAGAUACAAUACCGGAAGGAAAGGAUGAUCAGUUAUGCACAUCUGAAUUGCACGAAAAAAAUAUGUGUUCGGGUGAUAGCGGUUCCGGAUUAAUGUUCAAGACUGGAAAUGGUGUAUGGAAUGUUGCUGGAGUUGCUUCUGCCGGAACAGACUGUCGAAUUAUUAAUAUGGCGAUGAACAUGAAAGAUGUGGGAGGAGAGUCAAUGGAUGAUAUCAGCUUGGAUGGAAGUGUUUUCAUCGAUUUGCGACAACACAGUGAAUUUAUCUGUCAAUAUGCUGGAUUGUGUUUCAAUAAAAAAUCUAAAAAUCAGCAAAAAAUUAAGGCUAUAUUACUUUGA